AAAUAAAAAAGUAAAUAAGAUUUGAGAACCUACAUUUUAGCUAGUUCAAGUUUACCGCCAACUUGACAGCUCAGUGCCGACACCUGAACUAAAAUUUGGCUUUAGUCAGACUGGCGUGUGUUUGUUUACAGUUGAGUUUCACACUACAAGAGCGCAACAUGAAACCGACGAGAUCUGAACGGAUUAUGUGAACUUGAUCAUCCUUAGCAGGUCAAGUGUAAGAAGUCACAUUUUCGUAAUUUGCAAAUAAUGCCACUUUCGAACCGUUACUUUUUGAAUGUAGAGAGCACACGAUUUCAGCAAAAAUCUGCAUGCCCCCAUUGUUGAUUGUCGACACGGCAUGUAGGCAGAGAAGACCCGAUAGUGAUGUGAAAGGCAGCCCAAGAGGUGGUCUCAGGAUACAGCAGAAUGACUAGUAUUACAAAGAGAGGUGCCCUAAUAGUAUUUGAAGGAUGUGAUAGAUCUGGAAAAACUACCCAGUGCAAGAAACUUGUUGAGAACCUAAGAAAUAAGGGCAUUACUACAGAAUUUCUGUGUUUUCCUGAUCGCUCGACUGCCAUUGGUAAAGUGAUUGACUCAUACCUGAAAAAGGAGGAAGAACUCCCAGACAGGACCAUACACCUUACAUUUGCUGCAAAUAUAUGGGAAAAUGAACCAAAAAUAAAAUCUGCAUUACAAAAUGGAGUUACGCUGGUUAUUGAUCGAUAUGCAUAUUCAAAUGUGGCCUAUUCUGCAGCAAAGGAGGCAAUGGACUUUAAAUGGUGCACCUUACCUGGGACUGGGUUGCCAAAGCCAGAUGUAGUUUUCUUUCUGGAUAUGAACAUGGAAGCAAUGGAAAAGCGUGGUGGAUUUGGUUCAGAGAGAUACGAAACAACAAAUUUCCAAAGAUCAGUUUAUAACAACUUCAAGAAGCUAAUUGAUAAGAGUUGGAAGGUUUUGAAUGCUGACCAAAAGAAAGACAUUUUACAUGAAGAAAUACUUACAAAUGCCCUAAGUAUCAUAGAAAAUGUGAAAAAUUCUGAAAUUGGUUAUCUGUGGUAGCUUUCAGUCCCAGAAAAGGGUGAUUGUCACAGUUCUCCAGUUGCUGAUAAUGAGAAUCUCACACAGUUAAUAUACGUGUAAUGUAAUUUGCUCAUUUUUAUAUAUUGUUAUUGUUUGCCCUUUCUGCUGAAAGGCAAAGUGAUUUUUAAUAUGUAAGUGUUGAAUUAAAGAGAAAGAGUGUAUGUGGCAGAGGAGACAGUACAUCUAAUAACAGGAAUCAUAUUUUAAUUCUCCUCUGUGAGAACUUUUUUAAAUAUUUUGUCACAGUUAUGAAGCAUGCAUAAAAAAGGAUAACAACA